AUGCCGUCAAAUAGCAAGACCUGCUUCGUCACGAUCGGCGCCACCGCCUCCUUCAGCGGCCUCGUCAAAGCUGUCCUGUCCGCCGACUUCUUCCAAGCUCUCGACUCGCAAGGGUACACCGAGUUGCUGGUUCAGUACGGGCAAGAUGGAGAGGAGCUGUUCAAUACAUGCGUCACAGAGGCGAAGAAUACAGAAAGUGGAAGCGUGUUGCAGGUGCAUGGGUUUCCGUUGGAUAAGGCAGGCUUGACCAAAUACAUGCUGCAAGCGAGAGGAGGGAAAGAUGGACAAGAGGGUGUUGUGAUCAGCCAUGCUGGUUCUGGCACGAUCCUGGAUGCACUCCGACUCUCAGUCCCGCUUAUUGUCGUGCCGAAUUGCGAAUUGCUGGAUAACCACCAAGUAGAGCUCGCAGAGGCUCUGGCCGAGCAGGAGUACGUGAUACAUGGGAAGCUGGAAGAUCUGCCAAUGGCUCUACGGGAUGCGGAGGGUCUCAGGAAGAAGUCGAGGGAGUGGCCGCCGCCCAACAGUGGUCAUCACCGGGAGAUCAAGGGAGGCUUGAAAGAGGUCAUUGAUGACGAGUUGGGCUUUUUGGACUGA